CCCCCUCUCCCUGGUCUGCUCGCUCAUUGGCCGCGCCGGCCCUUUAAGAAGAUUAUUACCUUAAAGACAAAUCAAAAGCCCCUAUAAAUAGAUGGAGACUUCAGACUCCCGAAAACUCACUCUCGGAGCGGCGCGUUCCUUUUUUUUUUUGCAGGAGGCAUCAUCAUGGCCAGUCGAGUGGAGCACCCUGCUGGCGGCUACAAGAAACUGUUUGAUACAGUGGAGGAGCUGGCCACCCCAAUGAGUGUCCACAUCACAGGUCGGUUACCCUCAUGGCUGUCCGGCAGUCUGUUGCGAUGUGGACCCGGAUUGUUCGAAGUGGGUUCUGAGCAGUUUUACCACCUGUUUGACGGACAAGCUCUGCUGCAUAAGUUCGAGGUCAAGGAGGGAAACGUGACGUAUCAUCGCAGGUUUAUAAAGACUGACGCCUAUGUGCGGGCGAUGACAGAGAAGAGGAUUGUCAUCACAGAGUUCGGCACCUUUGCUUAUCCAGAUCCAUGUAAGAAUAUAUUCUCCAGGUUUUUUUCAUACUUCAAAGGCUUAGAAAUAACAGACAACGCCCUGGUCAACAUAUACCCCGUGGGGGAGGAUUUUUACGCCUGCACCGAAACUAACUAUAUAACAAAGGUCGAUCCUGAAACAUUAGAAACAAUCAAAAAGGUGGAUCUGUGUAAAUAUCUCUCCAUCAAUGGCGUCACCGCACAUCCGCACAUCGAGAACGACGGCACCGUCUACAACAUAGGAAACUGCUUCGGGAAACACUUCGCGUUCGCCUACAAUAUUGUCAUGUUUCCUCCGCUGCAGGCAGAUAAAGAAGAUCCAAUACUCAAGUCCAAGGUGGUCGUCCAGUUUCCAUGUAGUGAUAGAUUUACCCCGUCCUAUGUCCACAGCUUCGGGUUGACCCCAAAUUAUAUCCUCUUUGUAGAACAACCAGUGAAGAUCAAUCUGUUCAAAUUCCUCUCGGCCUGGAGUAUAUGGGGGGCCAACUACAUGGAUUGCUUUGAGUCUCAUGAAACCAUGGGUACCUGGCUGCAUGUUGCCGAGAAGCAUACGGGAGAAUAUCUCAACAUUAAAUACAGGACGUCGGCCUUCAACAUUUUCCAUCACAUCAAUACAUAUGAAGACAAUGGAUUUCUCAUAGCGGAUCUGUGCUGCUGGAAGGGGUUCGAAUUUAUCUACAAUUAUUUGUAUCUGGCCAACCUACGGGAGAACUGGGAGGAGGUGAAGAGACUUGCGGAGAAAGCUCCUCAACCCGAAGUGCGGAGAUACGUCCUGCCGCUCGAUAUCCAGAAGGGCGACACAGGAAAGAAUUUGGUGACUCUGAACUACACCACGGCUACCGCCACCAUGCGCAGCGAUGAAACCAUCUGGCUGGAACCGGAGGUUCUCUUCUCUGGUCCUCGACAAGCUUUCGAAUUCCCACAAAUCAACUAUAAGGAGUACAGGGGUAAAGAUUACAAAUAUGCGUAUGGACUGGGACUGAACCAUUUCAUUCCUGAUAGGCUUGUAAAACUGAAUGUCAAAAGCAAAGAAACGUGGGUAUGGCAGGAGCCCAACACCUACCCGUCCGAGCCCAUAUUCGUCCCAUCCCCAGAUGCCCUGGAGGAAGAUGAUGGCGUCAUCCUGAGUGUGGCCGUCGCCCCGGCGGUUGGCCACAAGCCCUCGUGCCUGCUGAUCCUGGAUGCAAAGGACAUGAGCGAGAUCGCCAGAGCGGAGGUGGACACCAUCAUCCCCGUCACAUUUCAUGGAAUGUUCAAGAACGGCUCCUAAAGAAAAGCCUCCAACGUAUCAUCACAGACGAGUACAGGUCCGAUCCGGGAGGGAGCGCCGCCCGUGCGUUCUGGAUAUGGAAGCUGCGCACAUUUUUAUCAAUUUGUAUAUUUAUAUAUCUAUUGCUCUAUAUUGAUCCUAGGAGGAUAUUUCAGUUUUUUAGCUUAAUUCGUAUUUCUUAAUAAAUAUUACGAUUUUUUGUUUUG